AUGGCCACAUACAAAGUCAAGGUGGCCACAGGUACCGAAGCCUUGUCGGGAACCACGGACUCCAUCUCUCUGACCAUCGUGGGGACCCAAGGAGAAAGCCAUAAGAAGCUACUGAACCACUUUGGGAGAGACUUUGCAACUGGUGCGGUGGACGAGUACACAGUCCGGUGCCAGCAGGACCUGGGGGAGCUCAUUAUCAUCCGCCUGUACAAGGAACGCUACAUCUUCUUCCCCAAGAAGUCCUGGUUCUGCAACUACGUGCAGAUCUGUGCGCCCGGUGGCCGCAUCUACCACUUCCCUGCCUACCAGUGGUUGGAUGGCUACGAGACCCUGGUGCUCCGGGAGGCUACAGGAAAGACAACAGCAGAUGACACGCUUCCGACCCUUCUGGAGCACCGAAAGGAGGAGCUCAGAGCCAAACAGGACUUCUACCACUGGAGGGUCUUCUUUCCUGGCCUGCCCAACUAUGUGGACAUCCCCAGUUAUCGCCCUCCUGUCCGGCAAAACCCCAACCGACCUGAGUGGAAUGGCUACAUCCCAGGAUUCCCGAUUCUCAUCAACUUUAAGGCCAUCAGGUUCCUGAACUUAAAUCUCCGCUACUCCUUCAUCAAGACGGCCUCCUUCUUUUUCCGCCUGGGACCCAUGGCAGUGGCAUUCAAAUUCCGGGGCCUGUUGGACUGCAAACAGUCGUGGAAGAGACUGAAGGACAUUAAGAAAAUUUUCCCUGCCCAGAAGUCUAUCAUCUCCGAGUACGUGGCCGAGCACUGGGCAGAGGACAGUUUCUUUGGGUAUCAGUACCUCAAUGGCAUCAACCCAGGCCUGCUCUGCCGCUGCACGAGGAUCCCAGACAAGUUUCCCGUUACAGACGACAUGGUGGCCCUGUUUCUGGGCGAGGGAACGUGCCUACAAACGGAGCUGGAGAAGGGAAACAUUUACCUGGCAGACUAUCGCAUCUUGGAGGGCAUCCCCACCAUUGAGCUCAACGGCCGGAAGCAGCACCACUGCGCCCCUCUGUGCCUGCUGCACUUUGGCCCGGAAGGGAAACUGAUGCCCAUCGCCAUCCAGCUCAGCCAGACCCCUGGGCCCAAUUGCCCCAUCUUCCUGCCCAGCGACUCCGAAUGGGACUGGCUGCUGGCCAAGACGUGGGUGCGCUAUGCCGAGUUCUACAGCCACGAGGCCAUUUCCCAUCUGCUGGAGACCCACCUCAUCGCUGAGGCCUUCAGCCUGGCCGUGCUGAGGCAGCUCCCCAUGUGCCAUCCCCUCUACAAGCUCCUCAUCCCCCACACCCGGUUCACCAUCCAGAUCAACAGCAUCGGGCGGGCUGUCCUCAUUAAUGAGGGGGGGAUCUCCGCCAGGAGCAUGUCCCUGGGGCUGCCUGGCUUUGCGGAGGUGAUGGUGCGGGCCCUGUCAGAGAUCACCUACGACAACCUCUACCUCCCCAACGACUUUGUGAAACGUGGGGUUCAGGACCUGCCAGGAUAUUAUUACCGUGACGACAGCUUGGCAGUGUGGGAUGCGCUGGAGAGGUAUGUGACAGAGAUCAUCACCUACUAUUACCCAUGUGAUGCAGCCGUGGAGGGUGACCCAGAAUUGCAGUCCUGGGUGCAGGAGAUAUUUAAGGAGUGCCUACUAGGACGUGAGAGCUCAGGCUUCCCCACGUGCUUGCGAACUGUGCCUGAGCUGAUCCGAUAUGUCACCAUUGUCAUCUACACCUGCUCUGCCAAGCACGCAGCUGUCAACACGGGGCAGUUGGAGUACACCUCCUGGAUGCCCAACUUCCCAUCAUCCAUGCGGAACCCACCAGUACAGGCCAAGGGGCUGACCACUCUGGAGACCUUCAUGGACACGUUGCCGGAUGUGAAGACCACAUGCAUCGUCCUAUUGGUGCUUUGGACCCUCAGCAGGGAGCCGGAUGACAAGCGGCCCCUGGGCCACUUCCCCGACAUCCACUUCGUGGAGGAGGUCCCACGGAGGAGCAUAGAGACCCUCCGCCAACGUCUGGCUCAGAUCUCGCACGACAUCCGCCAGCGCAACAAGUCCCUCCCCAUCCCCUACUACUACCUGGACCCCGUGCUGAUUGAGAACAGCAUUUCUAUCUAGUGCUGCCCUUCCCACCUCGUCCCUGCUGCG